UGUUUAGUUCAUUGUUCGAUCAGGUGUUGAUACUGUUGAUAAUGAAAAUUGCGUACUCUGUUUUCUUCGGAUUCCACGUUUUGUGUUCCGUCAGAGUCGCCGCUUUCGCAAGCACUACGGAACUUACAAAUGAAGCAUUUACUGCGACUGAAGAUGAUUUAUUUGCAACUGAGUCUGACGAAAAUAUAUCAUACUUAAAUCUAACUGAAGCAAAUAUUGAUCUAAGUAAGAGUAAAAUCAACGAUUCGGAAAUAUUUGAAAAUGGCCAAACAGCUAAAGAGGAACACCAAAGGUCAUUCAUAUAUAUACAGAAUAUUAAAUCUCGAUUACCGUGGAGGCCUAAGAUGCCUGGAUUAUUCUUUGUAGAUGAUUUCAGGAAUGCCAAAGCCGUACUCCGUGGUGGAAAUGACAAAACAAAGCCCUUCAAAACUGUGCCGCAACCAGUAAGAAACAGUUAUUAUAGAGAAACAACCACGGCUCAAAACUUGCGAGGGAGUAAUAACCAAAAUAAAUACUUUUCUGGAAAUAUUCGAGCAGAAAUUGAUGGGAAGCGACCAUACGUCCCAUAUAAUGAUAGAGCUAUGCCAGCGUCUAGACCUCAACCGAAAUUAAGACCUCCUCCGCCAAUCAUUAGACAACAAAUUGAACAAAAAGCUAAUAAAACUGUUCGCUUUCCUUAUCAACGCGUUAAUCAUUACAAAUCGCCUUAUCCAUCACCAGUUCCUACAACAGUUACAAUACCCACUGUAUUAUACGAGAAUAAAAAUCCUGAACAGAUUAAUAAGUACUCACCACAUAGCGAAGGAAUAAAUGAAAGUCAUUUCAAUUGUUUCAACAAGGACUGUGCGAUCAGGUCGAAAAAUUAUCGUGUGAAUAUGAACAAUGGAAUAAUGCGUGGGAUGAGUUGUGUGUGCCAAAAUGUGCCUAUGUUUAAUAAUAAUAGACAAGCCCAAGAUAUGUAUAAUAGUAAUAGACAAGUCCAAGAUAUAUAUAAUAGUAAUAGACAAAUCCAAGAUAUGUUUAAUAGUAAUAGACAAAUCCAAGAUUGGCGGGCAAGGAAGAAGCCUUUGACUGCGAGUGAACAAGCGUACAUUCGAGCUCUCAACACAAACAAUACUGACGAUUAUUCUUACGAACAACUGCUUAAAGAAAUGAAGAAAUUGACUAGAAUAGUGGACGGAAUAGAAUAGAAAAGAAUAGACAAGAAUAGAAAAGAUUAGAAAAUAAUAGAAAAGAAUAGAAGAAUAGAAAAGAAUAGAAAAGAUUAGAAAAUAAUAGAAAAGAAUAUAAAAGAAUAGAAUAGAAUAAAACUUUAUUUUAUAUAAUUUGAGUUACAGAAUUAUGGCCCGCCAAGUGCAAGCAGUAUAGUGGACGGAUUGGGUGUCAACACCAAAAUAAGUGAAGGCUUUUUAGUGCAUAGUUUCAAAGAUUUGUUUCACAGUAAAGUAGCUAUUUAAAAUACUUAUUUCUUUAAAGGUAAGGAUUUACUUAGUUAAUUUAAAGUUAGUACCUACGAAUAUUUUUGUAGAUAUGACGCCUGUGGUACUUUUGCAAAAAUAAAAGAAGCUAAUAUGUCCA